CAAUGAGGGGAACUUUGGAUUUGCUGGAUUUGCGCGUGCGGGUCGUGGCAACCUCGUCACCUUCCUGGAAAGACGUAGUCUGUCGGGUAACCGGUACUUACCUACCUCAAGGUACUUGUAAAAGACGAAGCGCCGGUCUCUGUUCCGCCCCGAAACCAGUCCAGCCGCUGUUUUCUCUGUUCCGUGUAUUCCUGAAACCGUGACUUGUAAGUAAGCUGCUCGACUUGACUCACCAUUGAGCCUCUCGAUUUUUCUAUGCCCAUUUUCUGUUGAUCCAUCACCCCUCAUUCGCUUCGGCUCGGGUCGGUAACACUCAAACCCCCCAACGGAAAAGGGAAACCAAACGCCCGCUGGCCAGAGACGAAAUGGCCUCAUCAUCAUCAUCAACGCCCAUGAAAGUGGUGGACAUCCACACCCACAUGUACCCCCCUUCGUAUAUCAAGAUUCUUGAAUCUCGAACCACCAUUCCCGUCGUGCGCAGCUUCCCGCAAACGCCGGACCCGCGCUUCAUCCUCCUCGCCUCGGAGGAGCAGGCCCUCGAUGAAGCCACCAAGGACUCUUCGGCCAAGCCCCCGGGCCGGCCGCUGACCUCGCACUACGCCUCACUGGACCAGAAGGUGCAUUUCAUGGAUACGCACAAGAUCGACAUCUCGGUCGUCUCCUUGGCGAACCCCUGGCUCGACUUUGUCGACGCCUCCGAGUCGGGCGCUAUGGCCAAGGGUGUCAACGAGGAGUUCGACGCCAUGUGCGCCGCCCACCCUGGCCGUCUCUUCUUCUUCGCCACCCUGCCCCUAACUGCGUCGCUCGAGACCAUCCUCGAGGCCAUCAACCACGUCAGAGCACUCAAGUAUUGUCGCGGCAUCAUUCUCGGCACCUCGGGCCUGGGUAAGGGUCUCGACGAUCCGGACCUGCUGCCCAUCUUCAAGGCCAUUGCCGCGGCCCGCCUGACCAUCUUCCUGCACCCGCACUACGGCUUGCCCAACGACGUCUGGGGCCCCAGGGCGAGCAAUGAGUACGGCCAUGUGCUGCCUCUGGCGCUGGGCUUCCCAAUGGAGACCACCAUCGCCGUCACACGCAUGUUUUUGGCAGGCGUCUUCGACGCGGUGCCCGAGCUGCGCAUGCUUCUGGCGCACAGCGGCGGCACGCUGCCCUUCCUUGCGGGACGCAUCGAGAGCUGCAUCAUGCACGAUGGCCAGCUGGUGCGCGAGGGCAAGGCCGGCAAGGGCCGCAGAAAGGUGUGGGAUGUGCUCAAGGAGCAGAUCUACCUCGACGCCGUCAUCUACUCCGAGGUUGGGUUGAAGGCGGCCAUAGAUGCGAGCGGAGCGGACAGGCUCAUGUUCGGCACCGACCACCCCUUCUUCCCGCCGCUGACCACCGAUGAGCAGGGCGAGUGGGAGAGUGUAAGCAUGAAUGCCGACGCGGUCGCUGCGGCCGUGGGCGAGGGGAGUGAUCAGGCAAAGUCCAUCAUGGGCGGCAACGCGAUCAGAAUUUUGAACCUGAAGGUUGAUUGAGUAAAUUUUCUGGUAAAAGAAAAAUGAAAUCGAUGUCGGGUCCUACUCAU